CACCUCUGGUCUUCCCUGAAUGUGCUUUGGAACACAUAUUUCUAUUCAAACAACUGCAGGUGCUCAGCAUGACAAAGUCUGUCAAUCUCAUCUUGAUCUGUUCUUCUCACAGCUAAGGUGCAACAGGAAAUUGAUGAGGUGGUGGGUACAAAUCGCAUUCCAAGCAUGGAAGACCGAUUGAAGAUGCCUUUCACAAAUGCUGUUGUUCAUGAAGUUCAGCGAUAUCAGAAAGGGUCUCUUGAGACCUUUCCACGGGCAACAACUUGUGAGACAAAGUUCCAUGGUUACACCAUUCCCAAGUCCAUGCCUAUUGUGCCAGUCUUCGCCUCUGUACAUUUUGACCCUCUUCAUUGGGAGACUCCAGAAAAGUUCAAUCCCAAUCAUUUUUUGGAUGAAAAUGGCCAGUUCAGGAAAAAGGAUGCUUUCAUGCCAUUCUCAGCAGGGAAGAGAGCCUGUCCAGGGGAGGCCCUGGCUAGGAUGGAGCUCUUCCUGUUCUUCAGUGCUCUGCUCCAGAAUUUCACUUUCUCUCUGGUUGGGGACACCAAAGAUACGGAUUUAAGGUCUCUGUAUACGGACUUCAGAAAUAAUCAAUACCCCCUUAUACAAGCUGCUAAACGUUCAGUGGACACUUGAGGUCAAUAAUUAGGAGAAAGUGCCUACAUUAAUAGUUACUGAAAUAAA